AUGAAACACAUCCUCUCCGCCACCACCACCCUCCUCCUCGCUUUUACCAGCCAAGCCGCACCCAACUUCCGCAUCGGCUAUCGCGGUGGAACCGAGUACGCCCUCCCGAAAUUCGAGGCGGAGAACGCCAACGAUACCAUAGCCUUCAGCAGCAGCAGCAGCAACAUAUACGGCCUCCCCACCCUGGAUCAGUGGGAAUCCACUAACACCAAUCAAGGAUUCUUGAUUCGCAAUGUUUUCUUGGGAUCUUAUAUUAGCUGCAGCGGGCAGUCGACUAGCUGCAGUCUUACCGAGGACGAAGGAACCUUCUUUCAAUCAAUCCAGACAAAUAAGAUUGACGGAGUAACCUACUAUCAUCUUUUCGCUACUAUUGAAGAUAUUGAUGGGGGAAACAUGUGGGUCCUCGAAGGCGGAGAUUAUCUCCGCGUUGGUGUGUUGGACAACCAAAAUGAAUUGCAGGAGAUUUCAAUGCAGUGGGUUUAG